AACAUAUUUUUUAUAUACAAACAAGAGACGACAAAGUUGAACACUGCGAGUAUGCACAAAACAUAUAUCUUUCGGAUAACCCUAGCCUAAGUUAAACAUUUGUAACAUUUUCAUUUCGGAGUUCACAUACAUUUACUUUCGAUGGUUUCACGACAAGUUAUUUUAGGCCUGGCAUACAGACAUUCGGUUCAAGCUUAAGCAAGUAAUCCAAAGUACAAUCAUUUAUGUCCAACGGGACAACACCACAGCACACCAGAUAUAUUGGGCAAGGAUAAUUCUGAAAUAGAAAUACAAAGCGAUAAGGUUGAACAGUCGUUUUUACAGGGACAAACGAAAUCGAAACACUUUUUGCUAACAAUUUUUUAAAAUUCGUUUUACACACUCGCUUUAUAAGAUUGCUAGGGGAUUUCAGGAAGGCCGCUAAAAAUAAUAUAACAGCAGUAUAGUUUUCAAACUGAAGAGAACACGUUAAUGCAAAACAAUUGAAAGGAAGAUAUUAAAGAUAUUGAAUAUUAAUUAUUUAGACUAAACUUGAGCUUAGGUCUGUCGACAAAACCACUCCAAAACCGAAUGUAAUCCCUGUACUUAGUUUGUAACUAGAGGUGAAACCCAAACCUCCCCAAACCCGAACCCGAACCCAAACCUAAAUCCGUAACCGCAUCCAAGCGCGAAGUCCCUCUCCUCGAGCAAGAUGUAUGCAGCUGCUGGUGGCGCCUCGCUGGCCUCCCGCCAGGCGCGGCAGCGCCAACGCCAGCAGAAGAAGACUCAGCAGCUCCAGGCGAAACUGCAUCCACCGAAGGCGGCCGGAUUGGCAUCCGAUCAUGCCGCCGAGGGCGCAUCCACGCCCACUCGCAGCCAGUCGCGCCAGUUCCACCAGCUGCCCCAGAACUAUCUGCGUGCCCCGCAGCCGCAUGGACGGAAACUCAGCGCCACCUAUACGACGCAAUCGAAGCUCCUACUGCCAAUCGAGGAGGGUGACACCCAGUCGGUGUCGCAGCUGCGCAUGCACACCCACGCUCAUUCCCAUGGCCACGCCUACGCGCACGCCCACUCCCAUUCCCAUGGACCCGCCCACGCCCACGCCCACACGCCUCAGACCGCACCCGCUCUGCUGAGUCAUCAUGGGCAGACGCCCUACCAGCAGUUCGCCUCAUCCCACGGACGCGUCUCACCGAAGCUGGUGCACCGGCACUCCGGCAGCAGCAGCAGCGCCGGCUUCCAUCCGGUCAUCUCCGCCGGACAGCUGCACAAGUCCGCGACGGCCACGCUGCCGCUGGUCUCCCACAUGGAAGCGGAGGCGAUGGCGGUGUCGCCAUCGGCGGUGGCCGGCGUUAAAACGACAGUGACCUCGUUGGAGACAGCCACGCCCACGUCUCCGCCGCUGGCCAGCACAUCCGCUGCCGCUGCAGCCGCAAUGGCGGCCGAGGCGGAGGCAGAGUUAGCUGGCGCCGGCGCCAUGUUUGUUCCCCACCAUGAUGCCAUCAUUGUAACGCCGGCCACGCCCAUGGCCUCGCCAGGCCACGUGGCCAAGCUGCGGCGUCCCGGGCCCGAGGAGCUCCUCUUCGAGUCCUCCGCCGAGCGACAGCCGCUGACCGCCGGCGAGGCACUGGACGACGAGGAUGAGCCGAUGCAUCCGCCGGCGCCGGGUCAGCUGGAGCGCAAGUGCAGCGUGUACAGGAUGCGCAGGAGCGACGCCUUCGAGCAGGACACUGGCGGUGCCAGUGGUGCUGCUGGUGGUGCAGGCGGCGGCCUCAAGCGGCAGCUCAGGGAGCUGCAGUUCAGCACCGGAGUCCAGCAGACCCAGUACGAGCCACUGCUCGCCGAUGAACCGCAGUUGAUCUUCAAAGGAUUGGGGGUCAAUGGGCGCAAGAUGCAGAUAUGCGCCUACUGCGAGGAGGGCAUCUGCGUGUGCGAGCAUCUCGAGUGCGCCCAAGGACGUGCCGCCUGGUUGGAGCGGGGUCGACGCUGCAGCGUCCAGGAUCAGCAACAGCAGCAGGCCACCUGCCACCGACGCUGGGUGAAGCGCAACCGAAUCCAAGACGCCUCCUUGGGCGGCUCAUCGGACGAUGAGGAUUUCCUGGGCGUUCUGCGGGGUCCCAGCACCUUUGCGAAUGCCUUUCUCUACGUGGGUCUGGGCACGGUGGCGCUGGGACUCGUCAUCGCGUUCGUUGGCACCGGCGAGAAGGGCUUCAAAACCACGGAACUAAGACUUAUAGGCCCCUCUCUCAUAGGAUUGGGCCUGAUUUGUUGCAUUUUACGCAUCCUCUUCUGCAUCUGUCCAUCGCACUGCAUCUCAUCUAGCAAAAAGACGCGGAAGAAAAACGGCAACAAGAUUGAUGCGGAUCACACGACAUCGUUGCUCAGAAACGAGAGCAAAAGAGUUUCGAUAGCAAGAGGACCUAGUUUUCAGCCCAAAUACCCCAUAGCGCACAAACGCAGCCAGAGCAAAAUGCUCAACGAGGGAAUGGAGGCACUGCGACAAAUAGCCACCACAUCCUUGUUCAUGCAGAAUGAGCAGAAGACGGCCACCAAUCGCGUGGUGCCGAUCAUCAAUGAGCCGGAAAGCGGUGAUGCUCCACUGGAGAUGAAGAAGCUGCAGACGGCACUGAAUGCCUGCGAGAUGAGUGACGAUGAGCAGGACCAGGACCAGGAUCAGCAGAAGCAGAAGCAGCAGCAGAUUGCCAAACGUACAACAGCCACAACUGCCGUUACGAGUAGUACCACCAAAGACCCAACAUCAACAGCAGCCACAUCGAGGAUAACGAGAGCCACCACCCUGAGCACGGUGGAUGAGAAGCCGGACAGCAAGCUGGUGCGCCAGCGGGUGGCACUGCAGCAGCAACGCCAGCAGCAGCAGCAACAGCAGCAGGAUCAGCAACAGAUGCCGAAGUCGCAGUCCUUGUCCUCCUCCUCCACGGUCAAGGAUUCGCUGGAGGUGGUGGCGGAGACAUCCCUGAUAGAUGCCAGCAACGAGACCACAACACCUGUUGCAGCGACAGCCGCUCCUACAACUGCUCCAAUGCCCAGCAGCUGCAGUACGGGUGCGAUACCUCGACUGAAUCGGCCGGGCAUCUCGACUGGAGCCACGCCCAAAACGACGACCACGACGACUACGCCCACCAUCACGGCACGGCUGCCCACGUCGCAGUCGCAUCCGACGAGCUAUGACCUGCCACCGGCCCUGCCGCACACCUAUUCCGCAUCGGCGACGGUACGCGGACCCCUGGGCAUGUCCAUGAGCAGCUCCGCUUCCGGCAAGGGAACGGGCACUGCCUUCACAAUGCCGCCCACCACGACAGCAAUUAGCUUGCUGCCGCUGCCGGCGCCUUCGACGGUGGCCACCGCCUCAUCCACCAGCACAACGAUAGCCAGUAUUCCCGGCCAGGUGCUGGAAACAAGCGGAGUUACGAGUCUGAGUCUGAGCCUAAUGCGACCGGCCACCGCAUCCGGUGUGGUACUGAGCGGCUUGACCACCUCAUCAUUCACCACCGGCACGGAUCAUCAAAAAUCACAUCCGUCAUCCGCCGGUUCGGUAAUGGGGCGUGGCAGUAGCCUACUCCUCUCGCCGCCCACAGCGGCAGCGGCGUCGUCGUCCGCGUCCGCGUCGUCGAGCAAAUUCGAGCCAGAAUUGGUGCUCAGUCCGGCUAACCUUGGCCAGUAGAAUUAAAUGGGAUUUAGUUACGAUUUUAGUUAGCCAUCAGGUCUAUAUAUGUAUAUGUCUAGGUU